AUGCCUCUCGAAGAGAUCCAUCCCAAUGUGCGGAAAGAUGUCUCCUCUACUGAUCCCAAACCACACAAUGCCGCCCCCGCGGUGAUAGCGGCCCCUUUGCUAUUCGACCAUCUCGGAUCCCUCGCGUUGGGUCUCAAGUCCAGUCGACCAGGCGCCGGUCUGGGUCCUUCGACACCUCCUUCGCCUCUCAGCUGCGUCAUCAGCGGUCUCCACACAGAAGACGCUCCCAUCGACGCCAUGGUCCAAGGCCUGUUCCAUCAUCCUCUGGCUUGUCAGGCCGAGAAACUAUACACUCCAACACGGCCUCUCAGCACUCAGGCUUCAGACCCAGAAGAGUUGGUCACCGCCACCGACCUCACGGUCUCCAAGCUCUGGCUGGGCCUGGAUUUGGACCUCAUGGCCUCUAUACCCACAGAUCCCUCAUUACCCUACGGAGCCAGCGGGACUUCCAAAGCCUACGUUCGAGCUCGCCAAUGA